AUGAAGAAACUUCCGGACUAUCAACGACCUGAAAAUGUAGCGGAUUUUAUGGCAGAAGUGGGUGUGGAUCCCGCCCUUGGCCUCUCUCGGGAUGACGUCAUGAAGCGCCGUGAGCUGUACGGCAUCAACCGCGUGACACCACCUGUGAACUGCCCGUCAUGGAUCUGUUGUGUGCUGCCAUGCCUUAUGCGCACGGCAUCCAUGCAGGCAUAUCAGCGGGCGUUACCUCGGGAGACGACGGUGCGUCGUCGAGUCGAUGCAGUCCAGAGCGAACCUACCACUCGACGCAUGCACAUGGACGUAAUGAGCCUCGUGUACGGAGAUAUAGUGGAGCUUAGGGCUGGUGACGUGGCAGGCGCAGAUCUUCGCGUCGUCGAAUGCUCGGCUGACUGUGUGGUAGACCAGACGACGCUGGUAAGAGACGGCUACAAAGAAGAGGAAUCAGGACGAGCAAGGAUCAGGAAACAUAUUACAAGUACUAGUCCGCCGUCACAUUUUCAGCAGGAUCCACUAUGUUGUAGCAACAUAAUCCCAAUGACGGCAAGAGUGUUGCAAGGCUCGGCUGUGGCUGUAGUGGUGUCGACAGGAGAUUACACGCUGUGGGGACGAAUGGUUAGGCAGAAUGAGUGGCCACCACCGUUACGGGCCACAUUGAAGAAGGAGAUGGGUAAUGAAGAGGAGCAAAGCAUUUUGAUCGUAUAG